CUCAGGCAAGAAUCUCUAGAUUGGAAAAAACGAUUCAACAUCAUUGAAGGAGUUUGUCAAGGUCUCCUUUAUCUUCACAGGGAUACAAGACUAAGAAUUAUUCAUCGUGAUCUGAAGGCAAGCAACAUUUUGUUGGACCAAGAACUAAAGCCAAAUAUUUUCAGAUUUUGGAAUGGCUAGAAUUUAUUAGAGGCAAUGAAGAUCAAGUCAGUACUAGAAGGGUAGUCGGAACCCUGUAAGAACCCUUGUCUAUUCAAACUCCAGCCUUUCACUGUAUCCCAUGCGUUGAACUUACCUAUUCAAACCUUGUAAGGUCAAAAAUCUUUUUCAUGUUUUAAUGAUGUUGUACUGUGGCUAUAUGGCUCCUCAUGAAUAUGCAAUGGAGGGUAGAUUCUCGGAGAAAUCAGAUGUCUUCAGCUUUGGGGUUUUAGAGAUUGUAAGCGGGAGAAGAAAUACUAGUUUCUAUUGGAAUGAGCAAGCCUUGAGUCUUUUAGGAUUUACAUGGAAAUUAUGGAAUGAAGGCAACAUUUCAGCUCUAGUAGAUCCAGUAAUAUCCGAUCCGAGUGCACGGGCGGAAAUAUAUAGAUGCAUACAUGUUGGCCUGUUGUGUGUUCUAGAGUUCCCAGAAGAUAGACCAACAGCUUCUACUGUCAUUUCAAUGCUGAAUAGUGAAAUUUCUCAUCUUCCAACUCCAAUGCAGCCGCCAUUUGCUGAAAGGAGACACCACUUGAAUGAAGAGAUAUUACUUCAUCGAAGUCAUCAACAAUAUUCCAUUAAUAAUUUGACACUCACAGGUGUUGAUGGCAGAUAAUGCUAGUUCAUAUUGGAAAAUUUUUAAGCUUCAGGGGCCGGAGUGAAACCUUGAGAAAUCUGUGAGUGUUAAACUAUAGUUCCACUGAUUCUGAUAGCCUGCACACUAGUUUUCUCUUUUCUACGAAAUUUUCCACCUCUUUAGUUGUUUUGAAAGAUUGAUUGUUUUGAAAUUAGUUGAGAAUCAUAUAGUAAGGGUGUAUUUGAAGUUUUGUGAAUUUUAAAAUAUGAAGCAGAGGUCGCCUCAUUCAUCUUAAUUUUUGUAAUUCAAGGAUGUAAGCAUAAUAUGAUCUUAUGAGAACGAUUUAGUUUGAGUUUUUAA